AUGGGGGAUGGUGUCAUGCUCGGAUUGCUCAGAGGAUGUGUCUGCGACACGGACGAUGGCCAGCCGCAGCAGUUCCACAAGCCCAUUGUGCAACUCGGAGACUACGAGGAUGCACUGGAGAUUCGGGUCCCCAGACCGAAGCACCUGGUUCCUCGCAUGCAGACGUACUCUUCAUCGCCGGACCAGCCGCUCCUUGGUGUUCCCAUUCGCGAGGGUACGCUGUGGCACCUGUCAGCACAGGCCAUUGGUAUGAAGUCGGCCACGUUUGGUUCGAGCUUGCAACGGCUGCAUGAGCACCCACCGGCUCAAUGA